AUGACGACCUCAAAAGGAGACCAGGAGUCUCCUCGGGCUUCGACCUCACAAUCCGACCAACCCAGCGUCAAAAGCGCACCACCCUCAGAGACCCCGGCCGCUAUUCAAACGCGAUUCCGCGUGAUAGCAGCUUUUUGGGCUGUGAUUAUAUUUUUGGGUUUCCCAAUAUGGUGGAAAACAACGUCUAUUUACAGGGCUUCUCUCCCUAUCGAGGAUAUGGUCGAUUGGGCUGACGGCAAGGCAUGUCGGCCAGUGUUUCCAUUGGAAAUUCAUCUUGCGACACCUUCGAUGCAAUCUUCUGAGGCCCAACAUCUACUUCGCACAACACAACACACCCUCGAUGAUCUCAAUGAGUUUGCAGCCCAUCACCUCCGACUCAAGUUGACCAACGAUACCACCCUGGGAUCUCAUAAUGGCGAAGGUGAUUUGGAAGGCGCCAAUUUCGCCGCAGCAGAGGUCGCAGACAUCGCAUUGACUGUUCGGCUUCUGCCCCAGGAGAAUCUAGCAGGGCCACGGUCAGAGCUCCACGCUGCGGCGACGCAGCUUGACGUCUUCUAUCCGCCAAACCAAGUCCCGGUUCCUUCAUCCUCAAACUCUCCCCUUUCAACAUUCAUCGCAGAAGAGCUGCAGCGAUUGUAUGGCGAGGAGAAAGCUACCAUUGCGCAUAUCUUGUCUGGCCAUACUGCUGGGCUAGCCUCAACCUCCCCACAACUAGCCGAAGAUAUCAGCCGAAGACUGCGCCGAUCGAUGAAAUAUGCUGAAACAUAUCAUCUUUCAUUUUCGUUGUUUACUCCAGGAUCUACACCUUCCUCGUGGGAUAUUGAGGCUGCCGUGAAUGAAUAUGUUUCUCCACUUUUGAAAGCAUUAUCCCCUAUCAGCGACUUCACCGUCGACACACAGGUGCAGCUGUAUGCAAACUUCGCACCUACUGCACCAAAGCCUGAGUUCGAUGAAGCCGAGGCAGCUUGGACAUUAAAGAAGGAAGACCUAAGUGCAUUCGUCAACGCUGCCGAGUGGCCGCUGAAUCCAAGUAUCGGAAAUGGCCCUACAAUCAACUUUAUCCUCUAUGUUCCGGAUCCCUCGCAGUCUCCACUCAUUGUAAAGGAGAAUCGUGCCUCCAGUUGGAUAGUACCUCAGUGGGGCGGGGUGUUCCUCCUGAACCCAUCGCUUUCCAGCACUGACAAGCAGAGCAGCCAGUCUAACCCUGCCCAUCUCUCCCAUGAGUCUUUGGGCCCUGCCUUCAUGACAUUCUCCCACCAGCUCCUUACCCUUCUUGGCACUCCCAGCACUCCCGCCUCUCUUCCCCUUCGUCUCCAGACAUCUAUCCGCAUUCGCGCGGCUACUCUCAUACUAUCUGCAUCAUCUACGAUGGGUUCGCUUGCUCGUCUCACUGAAUCUCUACCCUCAAUUCCUAUACCAGCUACUGUGGCCACCUCCGUAUCCACCACACUUUCUCAUUUGGGUGCUACCUGCUCCCACUUACGAGAGGGCCGCUUUGGAGCUGCCCUUGCCAGCGCUCGAGUCGCAGAGACAGAAGCCGAGCGCAGUUUCUUCGAGAAGAGUAUGGUGGGCCAGGUCUACUUCCCUGAUGAACAUAAAGUUGCAGUCUAUCUUCCACUUCUGGGUCCCAUUGGUGUCCCUCUCUUGGUUGGAUUGCUCAAGGAGCUCAAAAGGAUUGCAGCUGGGCGCAAGGCAAAAAGAGCAGCAGCGUUAUAG